AUGGCGAAGACGAAACCCCAAGAUCGAGCGCGGAAAGCAAAAAAGGACGCAAAGAAUGUCGCAGCUGAUGGAGCGAAGAAGCCGAAGGCGUCACCAGAAGCGCUACUCGUUCAAGCCGCCACACUUUUACAAACAUCACAACCAGACGAGGCCCUCGUGGCCGCCAGACGAGCGCUAAACCUCCUCCAACCCACAUCUGAGCCAACCGUGGCUGCGUUGCCCGCUCUCAAUCUUCUCGGAGAAAUAAAUGUAGAACUUGGCGAUCCAGACUCAGCCAGAGAGGCCUUUUUGGCAGCGAUAGCAUUGGACACGGAAGGUGCGCACGACGGCGCAGAAAAGUUCCUGUGGCUGGCUCAGCUGAAUGAGGAGGGCGGAGCGGAAAGCGUGCGAUGGUUCGAAAAAGGUGUCGAGGUGCUAAAGCGGGAGAUAAGCGAGCUAGAAGGAACGAUCGUGAAGAAGGUGGAAAUCGCAGAUGCGUUGGACGAGAAGAAGCAGAAGAUUGCAAAUGCGUUGUGCGGAAUUGCUGAAGUCUACAUGACCGAUCUUUCAUGGGAAACCGACGCCGAAGCACGGUGCGAAGCUGCUGUUACUGAAGCUCUGCUCGUUGCACCCGAGAGUCCGGAACCACUUCAAACACUUGCAUCAAUACGAAUAUCUCAACUACGCCUCGAUGACGCGAAAGCAGCCCUGACGCGGAGUAUGGCACUUUGGACAGACUCGGAGCCCGACGACCCUACGAUUCCGGACUAUUCUACACGGAUAAGCUUAUCUCGCUUGUUGAUGGAGGCUGAAAUGGAAGAUGAAGCCAUUGAAGUGCUCGAAAGGCUUAUUGGCGAGAAUGACGAAAGUAUAGAGGCGUGGUAUUUGGGCGGCUGGUGCCUGCACCUGAUCGCUGAGAAGCAAAAAGCAAGCAAUGACAUGGAGCGGAUAACGCCGCUUCUCCGGGCAAGUCGUGACUGGCUAGAAAAUUGCCUCAAGUUAUAUGCGGCGUUCGAGUACGAAGAUGAGCGACUCAAAGCUCACGCAGAUGAGCUAUUGAAGGCAAUUACUGGCGUUGUGGGCCCAUCUACUGGGGAUGAAGAGGACGAGGAUUGGGAAGACGCAGAUGAGGUUGACGAUGCAGAGAUGGAUGGAACGUGA